UUAUCACAAUAAUGCUUAACUUGAGAUCCUUGGCCCCGGGACGAUGUGUCGCCCGAAUUCGUCGCCUGGCUAGCAUAACUGGCGGGGCAAGGGACGCUUUGGACAAGGAGAAGUCUCUGCCAAAGGUAGACUCGCUGUCCCAACAACUGAAGGAGGAUGUUCCAAGCAGGCGCAAGAACGAAAAAGUGCUGCUCGGUCACAUCGUGCAGGCUAUCAAACGCAAGCCGCUAGAGGUUCCCACAAUAAUUGGCGAAGAACCGGAGUACACCAUGGACAAUCAGCGAGUGUCCUCUCCCCACGAACUGACAACGAUCCUGGCUCAGGUGUACUACGCAAAUCGCAAGCAAAUCGAGAGUGCCAUUAAAUCCGCCCUGGCGGCGCAAAACACUUGGAGCCUGGUGCCCACCCCUCAGCGGCUGGCCAUUUGGCGUCGAGCCGCGGACCUUAUAGAGGAGGACCAGUCACGUCUGCUCGUUUUCCUUGUGCUGAGUCUCAGCAAAACAUUGGAUGAUGCUAGACGGGACAUUAGGCGGCUGCUCAGAUCCCUGAGGGCCAACGCCGACUACCUGGAGCACCUUUCUGAGCUGCGAUUUGAGAUCCAGGGGGAUAUGAACGUCUUUCCUAGCUUCCACCUGCGGCCGAUGGACGGUUUCGUGGCCGCCCUGGCCCCCUUCGAAUCGGUGGCGCUGUCGGCAAGCUUGGCCCUCUGUCCGGCUCUAAUGGGCAACACUGUACUGUGGAAUCCCUCGUUGGAAGUGGCCCCAGUCAGCUUUCUAAUUCACCGUGCCUUCAUGGAGGCCGGCCUGCCUGCCGGAGUCAUCAACUUUGUGCCGGCCAACAAGCGGCUCUUCCUGGACACUAUCACGGAUGCUGUGCACUUUGCCGGACUCAAUUGCCAGUGCAGUGCUUCGGAAUACAGGCAUGUGCACAAAAUAGUGAGCGACAAGCUGGAGCGAUACAUCUGCUUCCCUCGUCUGGUGGCAGAGUGUCCCGGCCAGAACUUUCACUUUGUUCAUGCGAGCGCCAAAGUGGAGACCGUGGUCUCGGCCUCCGUGCAAGCGGCCUUCGGAUACGCCGGCCAGUAUGCCAACUCGUUGUCCCGCAUGUACGUGCCCACAUCCCUGUGGCCGAGCAUCCGUGACCAGUUGGUAGAGGCCACGAAAAGUCUGCACAUCGGGGAUCCCAUCGAGCCGACAACGGAUAUGGGGGCGGUGAUUAACGUAGAGGGGUUCCAUCAAAUGCAGAAAAUGAUGGAGCGCACAGAGAACAUGGAGCGGCUGUGCGGAGGUAUCAGCGACAACAGCAACGGAAGGUUCGUCCAUCCAACUAUAAUCAGAGUGGACGAUCCACUGGACCCGCUGCUGUGCGAACCCUUCGUCGGACCCUUUUUGCCGGUGUUCGUCUACCCGGACGACUCAUUCGCAGACGCCCUUAAGCUGACUGCUAACCAAUCCAGGUACGCUCUCUCCGGCUCCAUAUUCGCCAAACGAGACGAGGUGAUCCUUCACUGCCUCAAUAAGCUGCGCAUGUCGGCCAGCAAUCUAUAUGUGAACGAACGCUGCACUGGCAGCAAUCUCGGAUUGACGCCCUUUGGCGGAAACCGGUUGUCCGGGACGAACGACAAGUCUGGUUCCGCAUAUUUCCUAAUGCGUUGGAGCUCGCCGCUGCUGAUCGAGGAGACAGUGGAGAAUCCGGACCCAUCAAACAGAUAAUAAUGAUACAUUGUACUAAGUGGAAAGGGCCUAACGCUUUUGUAACACAUUUAAACGAGUUUAACAAUGCCUUUUUUCUUAAAUUCAAGGUGGUAGGAUUUAUAAAUUGAAAGUUACCUUGUUACCAGAA